ACUAAAAUUGAAACCUUUCACCAACUUCUAUCGCAUUAAUUCUCUAGCUAAUUAAUCAACUAGAAAUACCACUAGUCACACCCAAACCCAAUAAUUUCUUAUCUCUCAAUCCCCAUAAAAUCCCCUACACCUCUCCAGCAAACCAUCUCACUCCCACACCACCAUUUCCCUCUCUAUUCCCAAAUCACAAACCCUAAAUUAAAGAAAACCACCCAUGCACACAAAAAUGGACCAAACCCUAUUCUCCAUACCCAUCCUCCUCCUCCUCCUCAUUCAAUGCACCACCACCACCCUAGCUCAAGCCCCGGCUCCGGGACCGGCCGGCCCCACCAACGUCACCAAGAUCCUCGAGAAGGCCGGUCAGUUCACCACCCUGAUCCGCCUCUUUAAGAUCACCCAAAUCGGAGAUCAGAUCAACACACAGCUCAACAACUCCAACCAGGGCCUAACCAUCUUCGCCCCGACUGACAACGCCUUCUCCGGCCUCCCCGCCGGUACCCUCAACUCCCUAUCCGACCAGCAGAAGGUCUCAUUGAUUCAAUUCCACAUCCUCCCAACCUUCCUCACCACCACUCAGUUCCAAACCGUCAGCAACCCUGUCCGCACCCAAGCAGGCGACAGCGCCAACGGCGCCUUCCCGCUCAACGUCACCACCUCCGGCAACCAGGUAAACAUCACCACCGGCGUCAACGAAGCCACGGUGGCCAAUACCAUAUACACCGACAACCAGCUGGCAGUGUAUCAAGUGGAUAAGGUUCUUCUUCCACUCAGUAUCUUUGGAACGCCGUCUCCUACUCCGGCGCCCACUUCACCUAAGGCCACCAAGAAGAAGGCGGCGGCGGCCGAUAGCCCGGUGGCCGGUGGAGAUUCUCCGGCGGAUGCAUCAGACGCGGCUGAUCGUCGUCUGCAUGGAAUUAUUGGACUCGGAGUAGCUGUGGUGGCGAUGCUUUAUCAUUUGUGAUGAGAUUUGUGCAUGAGGAAUUGACCAGAAGAGAUUUCUCCAUCAUUUUUGUUUCGUUUGAUCAUAUUCAAUUUGUAUCUUCUUCUAUUUUUCUGAUUUUGAUGUUGUGGAGUUUGUGUAUGUUGAUUUUUCAUGUUAUUCAAGAUUUGUACCGAUAUUGGUGAGAAAUAUUUUUAAUCUUCUAA